AUGGGCAUAAAAUUUUUAGAAGUUAUUAAGCCAUUCUGUGCAGUGUUACCUGAAAUCCAGAAACCGGAAAGAAAAAUCCAGUUCAGAGAGAAGGUACUAUGGACGGCCAUCACACUCUUCAUUUUCUUAGUGUGCUGCCAGAUCCCUUUGUUUGGAAUCAUGUCAUCAGAUUCUGCAGACCCCUUCUACUGGAUGCGAGUAAUACUUGCAUCAAACAGAGGUACUUUGAUGGAAUUGGGUAUCUCACCCAUUGUGACCUCAGGUUUGAUCAUGCAGCUGCUGGCAGGAGCAAAGAUCAUUGAAGUUGGUGAUACUCCAAAAGACAGAGCCUUGUUCAAUGGAGCUCAGAAACUAUUUGGGAUGAUUAUUACCAUUGGGCAAGCCAUUGUGUAUGUUAUGACUGGAAUGUAUGGAGAUCCUGCUGAAAUGGGUGCUGGAAUUUGUCUUCUUAUUAUAAUUCAGCUAUUUGUGGCUGGUUUGAUUGUGUUGCUGCUAGAUGAGUUGCUACAGAAAGGUUAUGGAUUGGGGUCUGGUAUUUCCCUGUUUAUUGCUACCAAUAUCUGUGAAACCAUUGUCUGGAAAGCUUUCAGUCCCACUACCAUCAACACUGGCAGAGGAACAGAGUUUGAGGGUGCUGUGAUUGCAUUAUUCCAUCUCCUGGCCACACGAACUGACAAAGUCCGGGCUUUGCGGGAGGCUUUUUACAGACAGAAUCUGCCCAAUCUCAUGAACCUGAUUGCUACAGUGUUUGUGUUUGCUGUAGUCAUCUAUUUCCAGGGAUUCCGAGUGGAUUUACCAAUCAAGUCUGCACGGUACCGUGGGCAGUACAGCAGCUAUCCCAUCAAGCUGUUCUAUACCUCCAACAUUCCCAUCAUUCUGCAGUCUGCCUUAGUGUCAAACCUCUACGUCAUUUCCCAGAUGCUGUCUGUUCGUUUCAGUGGCAACUUCUUGGUGAACCUACUGGGACAGUGGGCAGAUGUCAGUGGAGGUGGCCCUGCUCGCUCUUACCCUGUUGGUGGCCUGUGCUACUACUUGUCCCCUCCAGAAUCCAUGGGUGCAAUAUUUGAGGAUCCUGUCCAUGUAAUAGUUUAUAUAAUAUUUAUGUUGGGAUCCUGUGCAUUCUUCUCCAAGACUUGGAUCGAGGUGUCUGGUUCAUCAGCAAAAGAUGUUGCCAAGCAACUCAAAGAACAGCAAAUGGUGAUGAGAGGCCACAGGGAUACAUCAAUGGUUCAUGAGCUUAACAGAUACAUCCCUACAGCAGCUGCAUUUGGUGGUUUGUGCAUCGGUGCCCUUUCAGUACUGGCUGACUUUCUAGGAGCCAUUGGCUCUGGCACUGGCAUUCUGCUUGCAGUCACUAUUAUUUAUCAGUAUUUUGAAAUAUUUGUAAAAGAACAGGCUGAAGUUGGAGGAGUAGGUGCAUUAUUUUUCUAGAUGUCCAAAUAUUUCAUGGUUUGUGUGAAAGGGAAGGUGUUUUGACAACAUGCGUCAUUUAGUCCAGUAAUGCUAUUUUCUUUUUACUUGUUUUCAAGUAACGUGUCCCAUUACUGUAAUGGGCAUUGAGCGAUGCCUGUGUGCAGCAUUAGUACCAGCUGCCUUAAGAAUAAAGUUUACAUUAUCUUGUUUAAGUAUUAUCUAGUGUUGCCUGUAAUGCUGGAAACAAUUCAUCUACCUUGCUGUUCAGACACUACAGUGAGAUGGUAAAAUGUAUCAGUUUGAGAGCGGUGAAUGUCUUUGCACACAGCAGUAAACUGUUAAAUUAAUUUCCCUGUCCUUAAUAGGAGAAAAAGAUACCUGAGUUCAGAUUGCCACGUGCCAGUAUUCCUGACAAAAUUUAUUUGUAUCUGUAUUUUACAUUACUUUUUUUAUACUUUUUUAACUUGCAUUUCCCCACCACUGAACUCAGCACUCCUUAUUCCUUUGCGGUGCCUCCACCAGGCACCUUUCACUGAGCUCUGAGGUGGGCAAGCAGACAUUUUACCUGUGACUGAUACUCAUCUCACCUGUGAACUGGUUCUGUGGUGGAUCUGCUGUGGCCAGGGCAGUCGGGUUCUUGCCCUGGCUGCUGUGGGGCAGCCUGGCAGGGCAGCCCAGCCCAACAGUGCUGUUGAACCAUGUACUUGUGAAAACUGUGCCACUGAAACUUCCAUGUCCACUUCGCUUUUGAGUGUAAAGAACGAGGCCUGGUUC